AUGGAAGUAUUUCUAGCCAAUCUUCCCCAACCGUUGACAGACCGUACUCUGGGUCACCAGCUGAGGCCAUAUAUGAACGCUUUGGGCAUCACCGACUGGUCUUGUUUCCUGUCCAAGAACAGAAAAGAUAUCGGAUGGGUUAUCUUCCUAAACCCGAAGGAUGGUGUCGAUUUCCUUUCCCGUCAUGGCAAGCAGCCGCUCUCAGACCCCACAAUCUCAAUCUUCAACCAGGCGCCAAAUACUCCUCCUGUCUUGUUUCCCAGCAACAUGAGGAACAAAAGGUCCAGAGAUAAGGCUAACCUUCAUCUGAUGAACAUCCCAGUCUAUGCCUCUAAGAGCAAGAGGGACCCAGACCCUUUCGAGAUCAAACGUCUUCGUGACGGCUUUGGAGAUCAAGCAAAAAAAUGCAAUCAGCCUGAUUCCCGUGCCAAUAACAGUCCCAUCGUGUUUUCAAUUAGAGAAUUGAAAUGCGGUCACAACUCUUUCCGAAACGAGGCUCAGGAAUUGACUUUUGUCGAACAACACUGCUUGUUCUCUAGGGGUCAUGCUAAAUUUGGCAAGAGGCUUUUGGUCUUGAACGUCGGAGAAGUUACCAAGAUUGAGAUCCCCUACUCCUCCAUCUUUGCCAUGAUCAAUUCCUCGACCUCUUGCACCUUUACUGUUGUGUUAACAGAGCCCCCACGUUUCUACAAGGAAAAAUCGCCUCUUGAACUACUUUCCACUCAGAUGCUGUAUGGACAUCCUUAUCACCAACAGAAACAAUUUUUACGUUGUACCAGUAUCCCGGACGACCCAGCCCAUGCCACAUACGCCGGCAGCUGUUUGGUAUACCAAAUCAGAGUGGUUGAUCCGGAUUACCAUCGCAAGCUGAAAAUUCUGGAAAAGAGGAGUAUGUUUAACAUCGCACAUUCUCACAUCGCCCAUGAUCAGAAUCCUAAACCAAAAACACACGACUACCAAACGACAUGGGAACUGUUUUACGACCACAUUUCUACUAUAGGCGCGAACAGAAGUUUGCCGUUUCGCCUUCUGUUCCUCGUACAAUCUUUGGUAUGGAAUAACUUUCUACACCCUUUUGUCGCUUUUGAGUUGGUUAUCAAAAUCGAGUUACUUUUCAAGAAGACGAAGGCAGCCAAGCAGCCCGAACCGCUUUCCGAGAAUACCAUACGGAAUCUGCGGGACGGGUAUCGAGACAGCUUACCGUUUCCCGUCCACGACACCGACCCUCAGUCACUGGAUGCUGCGGGGAUAUUCAGUUCCCUGCUCGAGAUGGAGGAUCGCAUUCAAGAUGAGGCCGACUACAGAGAUAGUUUGUUCCGCACAGAGACGCUCGAUCAUCAUGUACCUAUUUUCAAGGCCACAGUGACACCGACAAGAAUCACACUCCAUGGACCAGAAUUGGACUCAUCAAACCGAGUUUUGCGCAAAUUUUCCAAGCACACGGACUACUUUAUGAGAGUUCAAUUUUGCGAUGAAGACGGCACCAAUCUGUUAUUCAACCCAAAGAUCUCGAACGAUGAAAUUUUCCAACGUUUCACAGCCGUGCUUACAAAGGGUAUUCCGGUUGCCGGGCGUGUUUACAAGUUCUUGGGCUUUUCUCAUUCAUCGUUAAGGUCCCAUUCUGUCUGGUUUGCCGCGCCCUUUGUUGAUGACAGCGGUACACUACAAUUCUGCGCAAAGAUUAUCCGAUCCCUUGGCGAUUUCGAACAAAUUCAAAUCCCAGCCAAGUGCGCAGCUCGAAUCGGACAAGCCUUUUCAGAAACCCCUUCAUUUGUCUCCCUCACUGAAAAUGAUAUUGGGUGGAGAGCCGUACCCGACGUCAAGUUUACAAGGGGUCAAAUCGAGCGUGUUUUCAGCGAUGGAGUAGGAACAAUAUCACAAGAGGCCCUCGAACUGAUUUGGUCUCACCUUCCGCAAAAACAUUCGAAUCCAACAUGUCUCCAGAUUCGCUGGGGUGGCGUCAAAGGCAUGCUCUCCUUGGAUUCAAGACUCUCGGGGCGUGUAAUGUGUAUUCGGAAAGAAUCUAUGGAAAAGUUCCCAAGCAAGGACGUCGAAAACCUCGAAAUCUGCGACACAGCCUCGAAACCACUCAAGUUGGUUUUGAAUCGCCAGAUGAUCAAGAUCAUGGAAGAUCUUGGUGUCACAGAACAGUUUUUCCGUCGGUUGCAAAAGUUGGAGCUUGAUCAGCUGCGGGCUGUGACGGCCAAGCCUUACAAUACCGGUACAUUUUUGCACAUGCAGGGCAUAGGUCUGAACUGCUUCCUCCCAGCUUUGAUCCGCAGUCUUGACAGAUACGAAAUUGACUACCGCCAAGAUGACUUUCUACGCACCGUCGUAGAAUCCACCGUUCUCCGAGAGCUAAGACUGCUCAAGCACAAAGCGAGGAUCCCGGUUCCCCAGGGUGUCACCCUCUUUGGAAUAAUGGACGAGACAGGGUUUUUGGGCGAAGGUGAAGUGUAUGUCUGCUAUGACAUGCCUCGGCGUCGUAGCAAGCCUGUCAUUGGGGACUCCCUGAGAGACGGCGCCGUCCUUGUCACGCGUUCACCGGCUCUGCAUCCUGGCGACAUCCAGGUCGCUCAAAUGCGAACACCACCGCGGGACCAUCCUCUACGGAACCUCAGAAACUGCAUCGUUUUCAGCCAGCAUGGAUGCCGCGACCUUCCCAGCCAACUCAGUGGCGGAGAUCUAGAUGGUGAUCUUUAUAAUAUUAUUUGGGAUCCAGACGCUAUACCCAAGUAUGUUUCACCUGCUGCCGAUUAUGCUCGAGUGGUCCCUCCAUCUCUUGGCAGACAAGUGCAAACAAUAGAUAUGGCCAAUUGGUUUGUAGACUUCAUGAAGUCGGAUGUGUUAGGUUCAAUUGCGAAUAGGCACUUGAUCUUGGCAGACCAAAACCCCAAAGGAACUUUUAGUCCAGACUGUCUCAAACUUGCCGAAAUGCACUCAACGGCUGUUGACUUCUCGAAAACUGGUAUUCCUGUCAAUCCAAGUGAAAUUCCAAAAGCUGGACGAGCGCGGCCUGACUUUUUCGCUCCCGCACCGCCUGCACGCUUAUAUGAUCGAGAACAAAUAGAACUCAUGGACGAUGACAAUGAAGCAUCCGAUGACGAUGAAGAUAUGAGUGGUCCUAGUUAUUCGUAUUACAAAUCUGAGAAAAUACUGGGAGUACUCUUCCGCAAUGUGGACGAGAAAAAGAUAUGGGAUGAAGACAUUCGCACAAUCGUUUCGAAGUCAGGGCCAUCAGUAUGGAGUCAACUAGCUGGUCUUAUACAGCGCAAGGUUGAUGUCUAUAGCGAAGGGAGAGUGUCAUGGAAGACGAAGCGAGAUGACGCAAAAAGACUUCGUGACAUAUAUGAAGACACCAUUUCCAACUUCAUGGUUGAAUACUCGGAGAGCUACAUGAAGCCGUUGACUGAAGUCGAAGUCUUUUGUGGCAGCAUCUUCAAUAGGUCUGGCUCACAGACCCGGCGGCAAAAAGACAAUUCUAAGAAGCUCAAGGUAGCGUUUGAUCGUCUUUGCGAGUGGCUUGUGGCGCAGAUACGUCAGAGGCCGCGACGCGCGGGUCAAGGCGGCCUUGGAACUUCGGCGGUCGACUCCGAUUAUAGCCAAGCUCCCGGUUCUCGAGAGGAUGGAGAUGGUAUAGAUCGAAGACUAGAAACAAACAGAGAGGCACUGGAAAUGUCGUACGCCUGUUUUAUGGCGGACUUGCUACAGGAGGGAAAUGCCGCCGACGAACGCACGCCUCCAAUACAUAGCUUCCGGGUCAUCGCGGCUAGUGUGCUGCUUAGGGAACUGACGGAGCUUGCAAAUCGCGUAAAAGGGGGCCAACUGGUUGAUCCCAUUGAGGAAGAUGCCAUCGUUGGUGGCGGCUUUGUAGGAGUCACUUCUGGGCCUGCGAUUUCAUAUGCGUACAAUGGGUACGACGUCGACGUCGGGCAGUAUCCAAACUACGGGUACAGCAAAUAUCUUUAA